UCAAACCCAGAGCUUUCCGUUAUUAGAUAACGCUGCGCCGCUCCAAACCCUCAAAUUCCCCCCCUCCCAAUGUCGACGAUGGUGGAGAGCUUCGGGAGGAUGAACCUCUUCGCAUCCCACUCGCCGCCGACGACGCCUUCCUCCCACUUCGAGCAGCGCACUCAAAGGCCGGUGCCCACUUUCGUUUUCCCCUCACCUGGCGCUGCGAGCUCCCGUGCUCCUUGCCGCCAGGCGAUCAAGGCGGCUUGCGUGCAAGGGGAGGUGUUCUCCGUCACUUCUACCAAAUCAGAUGUGGAUUACCUGGGCGAGAGCACGAAAGGGGAUUUGAAUGUGAACCGGGAGCAUCUCGAAGCCUUUGGAUUUGAUGGUCGAGCUAGCUUAGACGGCUCUAUUGAAGAGAUUGCAAGGGUAGAAGCUAAAGAAGCUGAAUUUGCACUAAAUGCUCUAGGAAUUGUGGUAUAUUCUAUUCUUCAAUUUUAUCCUAGUAAUUAUUAUGCUUUUAUCUACUUAUGAGUUUAAUAAAUUUAAGGGUUCACAUUUACAUUACAUUGGCAUAUGUCAUGUAUGUUUGUUUGGAUGCCAACACUAAAUAAAUGUUCUAGUUGACAGUUUGUCAUCCCUCACUUGAGCUUGGCCAAUCGAUAAGGAGAAUUUGCUCUAUGCUAGUGAUCUAAAGUAGUAUAAUGCAAACAAACAUAACUAAACCACAUACCUUAACCAUAAAAAGGAAAUCAUAUUUGAAGUCUGACCAACUUGAUAACUAAUUUAUAGCAGGAAGCCAAAAAUAGACAAUGAGCACAAAAGUGUGUAGUGUGAUUCUUGAUAAAUGUGCAUGAAUUAUAUUUGAGGAAGAACUUGUGAUGAUGACCAAAGAUUUAGGUAGAGCUCGUGAUGAAGGUGAAAAGUUGGCCAAAGCUCUUAACCAGAAAGGCUUGUGUGAGCUUGUAACUAAGGUAGAAGGCGUGCAAUGAAGGUGAGAGUGAGACUGCGGAAGAACUCGUCUGCACACAUAUAGGGAUGUUGAAACUUCUUGUGUAUCGAUUGGUAGACAGAACGAAAAAUUUCUCCUAUGUUGGCUAGUAUCACACGAGAUUUAAAUCCAUGGCCAGGAGAGAUCUUUUUGUAAAACAAGUGCAAAUAUUUUUUUUUAAAGA